CCACGGCAAAGACAUGAACUAAAUUUGACAGGUUAAAGAGCUUUGUCGAAUUUAAUUAAUAAAAAUUAAUAAAAUAACCACGUUUAGAAUAUUGUUUACUAUGCCUAAAGUAUUAGAAAGUGCGGCCCGCGAAGUGAUUUUCAAAGUGAAGCUGUUUUGUGAAGCGGAAAAGAAAAAUAAAGGCGUUCUGAUCCCAUUAAUUAAUGUUACAGCCCGAGUUGCUGCCAUGGCCGGUGUUUCUAAACAAACUGUAUGUAGGAUUGCUAAAGAAGACAACUUAGCAACGAAAACAUCCAAUAAAAUUGUGGCUCCCCCAAAGAGUCGAGCAAAUGUAAAAAAAAAGGUUCUAAAAAAUGUGCAAAAGAAAAAGAUUGCAAAAAAAGAUAUUGCACAAGCACAAGGCCCAAAAAAAAUUAUCGCAUUGACAGAAGCUGCUAAUGGAACCAUUAUUUCAAAAGAUUCGCUUAGACUAUGCUUAUCACAAGAGUGUGGGGAAGGUACGUCAGGAACUAUAAUUUCUAUGGAAAGCUGUAGACAUCCAGUUUCUGGCCUUUCAAGUAAUGACAGUGAUAAUGAUAACAGUAUGUCUGGUACAGCAGCAUUAAGUGAUCAUAAUUACUUAUAAUAAAAGAAAUAAAUAUAAUAAAGUAAAGUUGUACAGUUUGUUAGAAGAUACAUACAAUAUAAGAGAUUGUUUUAUUAUUUUUAAUUUCGUUAUUCCUAAAUUAAAUGACUAAGAAAUAAAUUGUUUAGACAAUUCACAUUUCCCACUUAACUAUUACCAAGUAAUCUAGGGGUACUGAAUAAGUGAUUAUCUAUGUAAUGACAUAACAUGUACAUGUAUCUCUUAUGUAAAAUAAAUAAAGCGGU